AUGAGAAUUGCCUGGUCUUCCAAGUCGAGCAACGAUGAGAAAAUCCCCAUCUACGAAGAAACAUCCUCAAGCUGCUUCCCUGAUGAGAAGAUCCCACAAGGGAACAAUCUCAGAGAGUCUACAGCAAUAGAUAUAGUUGCACCCCCCGCAUACGCUCAGCGAAGCACUCCAGCACCCCAAAAAGGCACCGUCGCUCUCCACCACGCAGCUUUCACAGGUAACGUACUUCUCACGUCUGCGCACCUAUGUACACCCGGCAUCAAUGUCAAUACUACCGACAAACACGGCUACACCCCACUCCUUUAUGCCGCCCAAAAGGGACGAGCCGGGGUCGUCAAGCGUCUACUCAGGACUUCAGAAAUCGAAGUGAACCCAUGUGACUCCUUUGGAAUAUCGGCACUCUCCUGGGCUGCAAGACGCGGCCAUUUAGAGGUUGUGGAACUUCUCUGCAAGACUCCGGGUGUUACUGUGGAUCAUAAAUGUAAUAAGGGUCGUACACCGCUGUUGAGAGCGGCUAUGAAGGGGCAUGUGGCGGUUGUAGAUGCGCUGAUUAAAACUGGUCAGGUGGAAAUCGACGUGAAAGACAAUAUAGGAAGCACGCCAUUGAUGCUUGCGAGUCAGGGCGGGCAUGAAGAUGUAGUUGCGCUGCUUUUGAAAGUCUCCGGAGAAAGAGCUAGAAGCACUGGUUUAAGGUAG